GGUGGUGACGCUGGUUUCCGGCGGGCUCUUUGUAGCGACGAACAGCCCCGGCCGCGCACCAUGAGAGGCCCGGAGCCGGAGCCGGGUCCCGAGGCGGCGGCGGCGGGCAUGGAGGGGGACGUGCUGGACACGCUGGAGGCCCUGGGGUACAAGGGACCGCUGCUGGAAGAACAAGCCCUUAGCAAGGCGGCUGAGGGCGGCCUCUCCUCACCCGAGUUUUCAGAGCUCUGUGUAUGGCUAGGAUCUCAGAUCAAAUCCUUGUGCAACUUGGAAGAAAGCAUCACGUCAGCUGGGAGAGAUGACCCAGAGAGCUUCCAGCUUGAGAUUAGUGGUUUCUUAAAAGAAAUGGCCUGUCCGUACACUGUCCUUGUAUCUGGAGACAUCAAAGACCGCUUAAAGAAGAAGGAUGACUGUUUGAAACUUCUGUUAUUUUUAAGUACAGAGCUUCAAGCCUUGCAGAUAUUACAGAACAAGAAACCCAAGACUUCCCAGCUGGAUCGGAGCAGCGAAGUCCACAAGGAGGUUGAGGCCCUGUGCGAUGUCCUGGGCGUGCCCUGGUCCGCCACCGACCUUCCGCAUCUCCUGAGCCAGGUGGAGUUGAAGGUGAAGGAGGUUCUUUCUAAAGUGCAGAAAAAUCAUGUGGGGAAACCUCUUCUGAAAGCUGACUUAAGUCCAGAACAAGCGGAAAAGCUGGAGAGAAUUAAUGAUGCCCUUUCCAGUGAGUAUGAAUGCCGGCGGCGGAUGCUAGUGAAGCGAUUGGACGUGACGGUGCAGUCGUUCGGGUGGUCGGAGCGGGCCAAGGUGAAGACAGAUAACAUAGCGAGGAUUUACCAGCCUAAGCGAUAUGCCUUGUCACCCAAGACAGCGGUGACCGUGGCGCACCUGCUGGCUGCUCGGGAGGACCUGUCCAAGAUCACCCGGACCAGCAGCGGCCGCAGCCGGGAGAAGACGGCGUGUGCCAUCAACAAGGUGCUGAUGGGGAGGGUGCCUGACAGGGGCGGACGGCCCAAUGAGAUCGAACCUCCACCCCCUGAAAUGCCCCCUUGGCAAAAGAGACAAGAAGGCGGCGGAAGGGGUGGCUGGGGAGGUGGGGCUGGGGGAGGUGGCGGAAGAGGGGGGUGCGGUGGAAGGGGUGGCUGGGGAGGGGGGCGGGGUGGGGGAGGAGGGUGGGGAGGGGGUGGGGGGGGAAGAGGAGGCUUCCAGGGCAGAGGAGAGUAUGGCGGAAGAGGGGGCUAUGGGGGAAGAGGCUACGGGGACCCGUACGGAGGUGGUGGUGGAGGAGGGUACAGGAGAUACUGAGAGUCAGUAGCCUCUGAGCUGGGCUCCUUAGGCUGGUGUUCAGGUCGCCGGCUGGAACGUCAUCCUGAAGCAGACCUCACUCAGACCUCCCGCCGUUUGAGCCGGCAGUGCUUGCUCUGCACUCUGUACUGGGACAUGGGGCAUGCAGUGUCUUUUUUUUUUUUUUUUUAAACUAUUCCUCCAGACACACAUUUGUUCAUUUAUUUACACCCAAAUCAAUGAACACAAUGCUGAAAAUAAACACGCAUCAAUUAGAUAAUACAUACUUACAAAAACCUUCUGUCCGUUACAAUUCAUGAAUGCAAACAGACUUUCCAUUCACCCUUAGUGUAUCAUAAGAAAAACAGGGAAGGAAAGUAAUGAAUUUAAUGUUAUUCAGCACCUUUAGUAAAGUCAAAAUUUAAUAUCUUCGUAUAUCAAAAAAGUGUGCAUCCAUAUCACCAAACAUGUAAAAAGUAUUACAUAAAUUUUAACAUUUAAUUAUUGUGUACAUACAAGAAAGUCCAUGAAAAAGCUAAAGAAGUGGAGUCAAAAGGCUCAGGCAACAUUACCAAAUUUAGCAAAAUUCCAGCCCAAUCAAGGCUAACGUGAACACAGAGAUUCCAGUAAUAAACGUCAAUAUGAGAGAUGAGGCUUAAACCAGCAACCGAAAAUACAUUUUAAUAGGCAUGAUAUAUGCAAUGCUUUCGUAACAGUCACAACAUUGUCAUGUAUGAGCUGCCUGGUGUGAUCACGGGGUAAAGGGAUGUUUUAGGAGUGAAGGAGUUGAUUUCAAAACUGCAUUUGAGCAGCCAUAAUUUUAUUUUCAGUUAGAACACAGUAAAUGUUAAAAGAAAAAUUUAUAGUUAGCUAAAUAAUACCCCAAACUAGAAAAUUAAAAAUCUCAUGCUAUUCUAGCAAUAACAGCCUCUAGUAGAUGUAGUCUGAUGUAAGAAUUGUGAAAGCCAAUAAUAAGCUGACAUCCACAUGGGCUUAAAGUCCACUGACAUAUGUAGUGAGGAAAAUGUGUGAAAAAGGGCUGGGAAGGUGGCUCAGUGGUAGAGUGCUUGCCUUGCAUGCCUGAGGCCCUGGG